AUGGACUCCGAGGCCGGCCCUAUGUCUACGGAGGACUACGUUCACGACCUCUCGAGCCUAGAUCUCGAACACUUGGAGGAAGUGGUCAAACAAGAGAGCGCUAAGAUAGCGGCCGCCAGUGCUGUCAACCAUAAUAACUGCCGCCAAUUGGCCGACAAUUCCAUUAAUUCGUCCCAAAACUGCCCAAACGAUCAACAAUUAAGACUCGUUCACAACGUGAUGGCCAACGGAGGGCUUCCCGACCACCGGAAACAACAGAUCGCUUUGGCCGCCAACACUCCCGGCACUCCACCCAACACAGGCUCGCCGUCGGGUAACGGCAACUCAUUGUCACCGUCGCCGGCCUUCGCGGGCAAUAUGACCAGUCCUGUGAUGGCACAGACGGCCAUCGAUACGUGCAAUAAACAUAACGGUCUCAUCGAUGAUAACAAUAGCAUGAAUAUGUCGUGGCUUACGGCACAACUCAGAUACGGAGCCAAUGGUGGGCCAGUGAUGGGCAGUCAAGAGGGACCGCUUGACCUCAGGGGUCAAUGCGGCCAAGAGAUAGACAACCCGUGGCUCUCGCCUAACAUAAGGCGUGAUUACGGAGAGAUGCAAACCAAUCACAACAACCCUCACGUGAAUUCAGUGUCGCCCGUAAUGCACAGUCGACUCAUGCAGACAAUGGUUAACCCAAAUCUAGUGAAUAACUCAAUAGACAUGCAUCAGAGCCAACAACACCCCCAACAGCACAGCCAUCACAACAACGGCAACAAUCAGUUACAUAACGGACACUCGCAUCACAACAAUUCGCAACUUCACCACUCAUUUCAUAGCCACGGCCUGAGCGGCCACAACAGCAACGACUCGAGUAUAGUGUACGUGAAUGGCGGCGGCGGAGGGAAGUCGGGCGACAACCUCAACGACGAGCAACUCAUUAAUUUGACGGUAAGAGAGCUGAACAAAAAACUUCACGGCUUUCCGCGCGAAGAUGUGGUCAAAAUGAAACAAAAGCGACGGACGCUUAAGAAUCGGGGUUACGCUCAGAACUGUCGCACCAAACGGUUGGCCCAAAGGCACGAAUUGGAGGCCAAACUCCGGUUACAGCAAAACGAAUUGGGAAGGAAUCGAUACGAGUGCGACAAAAUGCGGGUCGAAUUGGACAAACUUAGACUCAAUUUCGACAAACUUAGACAGGCCUACGACAAAGUGUGUCAGGAGAGGGACUUCUAUCGCCAACAGCUCUCACGACAGACAGCGCAGACGGGCUCGAGUCAGCAAAUGGCUCCCAACACACAGCAGGUCACCAACAAUACGACCACCGCUCAGAUCAACGCUCGCCAUAACACCCGACACCCCGACGGCUCUCUGUCCAGUGUGUCGGCCAGUAGUACCCCCUCAUCGCCCGAGUUUUACUUGUGA